AUGGAAAAUGAAAAUAAUGAGCAAAAAGAUACUACUCAAACUGUACACUUAUCAAAGGAAGAACAACAAUCAAAAUCUGAAGAAACGAAAGUAAAAACUAAACGACAUUCAAGUUUAUCGAUAUCUUUAUCAAAUAAAAUUGAUAAUAAAGAAAUAUCGACAGUAUCUUCUCAAUCUAUGUGUCAUGUAAUUUAUUUUGGAUGUGAACAACAUUCAGGAAAUGAAUUAUGGGAUACAUCUUAUUUUCUUUCAUUACUUUUUGAACUUUUAGAUGAAUUUAAAAAUAAUUCAAAUGAAGAAUCUCGUCUUGCUGCAUUUAUUCUAUGUCGUCUUAAUGAAAUUAAAUUACAUUUACAAAUACCAAUUAAAUUAGUUAUUCAAAUAUUAAAAUAUUUUAAUAAUGUUCGAUUAAAAAUUCUUGUUUUACUUGAACUUUUAAAUACAUGUGAAACAAUUGAUUGUUCUCAAGCACUUAUAUUAUUAUGGGAAUUUUCAUCUUAUGGUUAUAUGAUACUUUUUUAUGUCUUAGAUCGAAUUAAAUUUUCGAUUAUCAAUAAAGAUAUCGAAUGGAAAUCAUUGUUAACUAUAUUUGAACCACUUGAAAAUAAAAAACAUGCAGCUUAUAUUGUAUUAGAUAAAACAAAUUUUUACAAACCAAAUAAAGCAGUAAUUGUUUUUGGUUCGAAAAGACUUGAACGCUAUUUUUGA